ACCCUUCCCAGCAUCAGGCAUUGGACGGAUUAUCCCAUCGGAGAAUCUCUGUAUGGACUUAUGCAUGUCCGUCUCUACGCGGAAUACUACCCUAGUUUCCCACCGAAGCCAGUGGAAGGAAAUACCUCUACAGGUUCCUCGGACAGUUAUGAAACGAUGAUGAUCAGCAUCAAACAUUCGAUUUUGCGUAUACUCCGUGCCUAUCACGUGUUCGAUUGACGGUGCAGCUGAUAAGACACAUGAUACAAGUUCUAAGUCCCUGAAAUGAUGUAUUGUAUAUCAAUAGCAAUUGCAUUGAGCGUCUCUUUCUCCAACUGUUGUACUGAAUGUGAACUUUCCACACGUGCCCUCCAAAAGGCGGAACUCGGCUACCUGGAACAGUCGGCAGCCUUAUUCGGGAGAUUCCACGUAUGGAAACUAAAGGUCAUCGCUGGGCAGAGUUGCCUCCAGACUCCGCUCACCCCCAGGAUUGUUCUCAUGUCAAGUCACAAGUGAGGGCCGAAGUUUCAUACCGAACCAAAAGUUACCCCCGGCUCAAAAGUUACCCCGGCCAAUCGUCGGUUUUCGUUGGUCCCCCACACUGAGAAUGGUGUAUAUAUAAAACUACUAGCCCUGUCCCUUAUUCGCGUAUGUAGUAGUGGCCGUCUUCUCUUG